GACUGAUUCAUUGAUCUUCUUGAUUUGAUUGCCAUUUGUUUCUCCUACUUGCAGCCAUGUCAGAUGUAGAAGAGGAGUACGAGGAGCAGGAGGCUGAAGAGGAGCAGGAGGAUGAGCUGGAGGAGCCUGAGCUGGCAGAGGAGGAUGGAGGAGAGCAGCAGGAGUACCAAGAGGAGCGCCCCAAACCCAAACCCAUGGUGCCUCAACUUGCCCCUCCAAAGAUUCCCGAGGGGGAUAGGGUUGAUUUUGAUGACAUCCACAGAAAGCGCAUGGAGAAGGACUUACAGGAGCUGCAUACUCUGAUCGACGUCCACUUUGAUCAGAGGAAGAAGGACGAGGAAGAGCUCAUCGGCCUCAAGGACCGGAUUGAGAAUCGUCGCUCAGAGAGAGCUGAGAUCCAGAGGGUUCGAACGGAGAAGGAGAAGGACCGACAGAACAGGAUUGCGGAGGAACGUCACAGAAGAGAGGAGGAUGAAGCCAAGAAGAAGGCUGAAGAUGAGUUCAAGAAGAAGAAAGUGCUGACUGGCAUUGGAGCGAACUUUGGAGGCUUCCUGGCCAAGGCAGAGACGAGGAAGGGCAAGCGUCUGACGGGCAGAGAGAUCAAGAAGAAGACUCUAACUGAGAGACGGCAGCCGCUGAGCAUCGACAACUUGAGGGAGGACGCGCUCAAGCAAGAGGCCCAGGAGAUGUGGAACUGCAUCUACCAGCUGGAGUCUGAGAAGUUUGACUACAUUGAGUACAUGAAGCACCAGAAAUACGAGAUCAUCGUGCUGCUGAACAGAAUCCAACAUGCUCAGAAAUUUAAGAAGAUCCAUGGCAAAGGGAAGGUGGGCGGCCGCUGGAAGUAAAAUGGAGGGGGGGGGGCAAAGAAGAAAAAGAGAAAACACAUUUUCACAGGCAGCGUAGGAAUGAAGGAAUCACACAUCUCCCCUCCGUGGUCUUCUGGUGCCGGAGCCGCUCUGUAGGCCUUUCCUGUGUGUGUGUGUGUGUGUGUGUGUGUGUGUGUGUGUGUGUGUGUGUGUGAGAAAGAUAUUUGAUGUUUCUUGAUUAAUAAAGCGACAUGCACUCAGUUUGGAGUUGUUGUGUGGAUCACAACCCCAAAAUCAGUCUGUGUUUUUUAGCUGCUGUACUCUGGUUUAGGUAUAUUAUGUGAUGGCAUCCGAGAACUCAAACUGCAGUCAGUUGACAUCUGCUUUGAAUUUUUGUCUGUAACGGCCCAAUUCUACAACAAAAGCUUUGUUGUUCUUGAAGAAAAAAGGUUUAAAAUCUUUUCCAGAACUUUGUAGAAAGGCUGCGAUCAGUUUCUUCAUUUAGGCCUGGAUUUACUCUAGAGUCAAGAGUCAAGUUGCAAAAAGUCUCUUUUUUUUCAGAGGAGUGUUGCCAAAUGGUUCCCGUCUGUAAAACGUGAUUGAACUCAUUUCAAACCCUCCACUCUUAAUAAACAAUGACUGCUGUUAUGUGCCUCUA